UCCAGCUAAAUACUCUCCACUGCUCUCACUCUAUAUUACCUAACCACACCCACUCUCCAUUCCUCAUCGGAGCUCGAUCGAACGGCCAGUUAAGAUCCAGUCGCGAACCGGGACCGGAGACUUCGAAACCGCGGAGACCAGCGAGAGAGGGGGCAUGGAGGGGAAGGAAGAGGACGUUAGGGAGGGGGCCACCAAGUUCCCGGAGAGGCAGCCGAUCGGGACGGCGGCCCAGAGCCAGGAUGGGCGGGACUACGCCGAGCCCCCGCCUGCGCCGCUCUUCGAGCCGUCGGAGCUGACGUCGUGGUCCUUCUACCGGGCGGGGAUCGCCGAGUUCAUGGCCACGUUCCUGUUCCUGUACAUCACCAUCUUGACCGUGAUGGGCGUGGUGAAAGCCAAUUCCAAGUGCACGACGGUCGGAAUCCAAGGCAUCGCGUGGGCGUUCGGAGGCAUGAUCUUCGCUCUCGUCUAUUGUACCGCCGGUAUCUCAGGUGGUCACAUAAACCCGGCGGUGACGUUCGGCCUGUUUCUGGCGAGGAAGCUGUCCUUGACGAGGGCGAUAUUCUACAUGGUGAUGCAGUGUCUGGGUGCGAUAUGCGGGGCCGGCGUGGUGAAAGGGUUCGAAAAGGCUAGCACGUACGAGAGGUUCAACGGCGGCGCCAAUUUCGUCGCCCCUGGCUACACCAAAGGCGACGGCCUCGGCGCUGAGAUCGUCGGAACUUUCUUGCUCGUGUACACCGUCUUCUCCGCCACCGACGCUAAACGCAGCGCCAGGGACUCUCACGUCCCUAUACUGGCUCCGCUGCCCAUCGGGUUCGCGGUGUUCUUGGUGCACUUGGCCACGAUCCCCAUCACCGGGACCGGCAUCAACCCGGCCAGGAGCCUCGGCGCGGCCAUCAUCUUCAACAAAGACCGAGGCUGGGACGAUCACUGGAUUUUCUGGGUGGGCCCAUUCAUCGGCGCAGCGCUCGCUGCCCUCUACCAUCAGGUGGUGAUCAGGGCCAUCCCCUUCAAGUCCAGGUGAUGCCCGAAUCCUGGCCGUUGCUUCCGGCGUCAAGACAACCUCAGAUGAUAAAAGUUGGCGGCGGGUCCUACUUCUUUUGGUUUUUGCCUGUGUGUGUCUGGCGUGUGUUUUAAAGAUUGUGUAAUUUUCAAGAAUCCUUUCUCAAAGGCUCUUUUGCUAUCAACUUUAGCUCAAGGGUUGGCCCCACGACCUGCUGGGAAGGGGGCCAAUCUGAAGCAGUGGGAGAUGCUUGGUGUCUGUAUUAUGUGUCUAUCAUGGUGGUGAUCUGUCAAAUCGAAAUAAGUGAAGAAAAAUGAGGGAAAAAGGAAGGAAAGAAGAUAUUCUCGUCUCCACCAAGUCGUCUUCAAGCACCUAUGAUCGAUUCCCAUUCUGUUGAUUUUGUUGGCUUCUGUGAUGUGAAAUGUAAUAAUGUACAGAUCAAAUGGUCGACAUGUUUAUCUACUUCCCCACUUUGCUUUUUUUUCA